AUGGCUGAACAACUCGACAUGGGUCGUCUCAACCUGAACGAAUCCCAGCACGCUCCGCAGCAGAACGGCUUCGGCCACCAGGAGCGCUCUGCCUACAUCCCUCCUCACCUUCGCAGCCGCGGCGGCGGUCCCCCUCCUAUGAACGCUGGACCUCCUCCCAUGAACGGCGGCGGUCCUGGUCUUGGCGGCAGCGCUUGGGGUCCCGCUCCGGGUGCCGCUCCCCAGCAGGGCGGUCGCGGCUACGGCGGUCCCCCACCUAUGAACGGCGGCGGCGGCGGCGGCGGCGGUAACUGGGCCAGCGCCCCCAACUUCACUCCUCGACAAGGUAGAGAUACCCCUAACGGCGCAGGCUGGGGUGCCACACAACCCAGCAAAUUCGAUCUAAAUGCUUACGGCAAUUCAGGUGGAGGCGGCGGUGGUGCCCCUCGUGGUUCUGGUGAUGGACAGUGGAAGGAUGGCAAGCACAUCCCCGGUCCCUCCAACCCCCGUGUCGAGCGCGAGCUCUACGGUGUACCAAACGACCCCACGAAGCAGCAGACUGGUAUCAACUUCGAGAAGUACGACGAUAUUCCCGUCGAGGCCUCUGGCCAGGGUGUCCCCGAGCCCGUUACUCGAUUCACAAACCCUCCUCUCGACGAGCACUUGUUGAGCAACAUUGAGCUUUCCGGUUACAAGGUCCCUACCCCAGUCCAGAAGUACUCCAUCCCCAUUGUUAUGGGUGGUCGUGACUUGAUGGCUUGUGCCCAGACUGGUUCUGGUAAGACGGGCGGUUUCUUGUUCCCCAUUCUCGCCCAGGCUUUCAAGAACGGUCCCUCCGCUGCCCCCGCUGCCCAGAACGGUGGCCACGGAUACGGCCGCCAGCGCAAGGCCUAUCCCACAUCUUUGAUCCUGGCCCCCACUCGUGAGUUGGUCUCUCAGAUCUUCGAAGAGUCCCGCAAGUUCGCCUACCGCUCCUGGGUCCGUCCUUGCGUUGUCUACGGUGGUGCCGAUAUUGGCUCCCAGCUUCGCCAGAUCGAGCGCGGCUGCGAUCUGCUCGUUGCUACCCCCGGUCGUCUCGUCGAUUUGAUCGAGCGUGGCCGGAUCUCCCUUCAGAACAUUAAGUACCUUGUUCUCGAUGAGGCUGAUCGCAUGCUGGACAUGGGUUUCGAGCCUCAGAUUCGCCGCAUUGUUGAGGGCGAGGAUAUGCCUUCGGUCGCCGACCGCCAGACUCUCAUGUUUUCGGCUACCUUCCCCCGCGACAUCCAGAUGCUCGCUCGCGAUUUCCUGAAGGAUUACAUCUUCCUUUCAGUCGGUCGUGUCGGUUCCACAUCCGAGAACAUCACUCAAAAGAUCGAGUACGUCGAGGAUAUUGACAAGCGUUCCGUCCUCCUUGAUAUUCUCCACACCCACGGUGCUGGUCUGUCUCUGAUUUUCGUUGAGACCAAGCGCAUGGCCGACUCACUCUCUGAUUUCCUGAUCAAUCAGGGUUUCCCUGCCACAUCCAUCCAUGGUGACCGUACCCAACGCGAGCGUGAGAAGGCUCUGGAGAUGUUCCGUUCUGGACGCUGCCCAAUCCUUGUCGCUACCGCUGUCGCUGCCCGUGGUCUUGAUAUUCCCAAUGUCACUCACGUGGUCAACUACGAUCUGCCUACCGACAUCGACGACUAUGUCCACCGCAUCGGUCGUACCGGACGUGCAGGUAACACUGGUAUUGCCACUGCUUUCUUCAACCGUGGAAACCGUGGUGUUGUCCGCGACCUGAUCGAUCUCCUUAAGGAGGCCAACCAGGAGAUCCCUCAGUUCCUCGAGUCCAUCGCUCGCGAGGGCUCCGGCUUCGGCGGCGGCGGCGGCGGCCGUGGAGGUCGCGGAGGUGGUCGUGGCCGCGGUAAUGCUGCCACCCGCGAUGUGCGUCGCAUGGGUGGUGGUGGCGGCGGCGGCGGCGGCGGCUUCGGUGGCAACGCUGGCGGCUGGGGAGGCGCUCCUCAGGGCGGCGGCUUCGGUGCAGGCGGCUACGGUGGCGCCCCCAGCUACGGCGCUCCCCCUCCCCCCAUGGGCGGCGGUGGUUUCGGUGGUGGUGGCUACGGCAACCCCUCCGGCCCUGGCGGCAACUCUUGGUGGUAA